AUGUUCGGGAGAGAACACAGACCUGUGGCCCAGACCUCUGUCUGGCUGUCCACUCCAGAGACACCGGACACACCACGGAGUCGAAGCGAGUCGAAGGAGAGCGCAGGACCACAACAGUUGCUGAUCAUGAAAUUUGGUGGUACUUCAGUUGGAGGAGGAGAACAAGUCCUCCGAUGUGCUGGAAUCGUUCGACAGGCACUUCCUGGUAGACCAGUCGUCGUGGUGAGCGCGAUGGGCAAGACAACAAAUGCCUUGCUGAGUGCUGCUAGAAGCGCAGUGGAGACUGGCGAGGUUGACAUCUCCGCAAUUAGGAAAAUGCACGAAUCUGUGAUUCAACACAUUGGGAUAGAUAUGCCUACCAGCAUGAAUGAGCUUUUGAAUGAGUUGGAGCGAAUCCUCAAUGGUGUAGCUUUGCUGAAGGAAAUUUCGACUCAGACACGUGACCGUAUUGUUUCAUUCGGUGAACGCCUGAGUGUUCGUGCCUUUGCAGCAGCCUUUAAUCAAACAAAGGGCGAGGAGGAGGUCGAAGCCCGACCUGUGGAUGCAUGGCAAAUUGGCAUGAGAACGACAAGUGGCUCCGGUUCUGCUGAUUCGGCCUUUUCAUCUGUAGAGAUUCUUGAUGACACGUUCAGUGCCAUUCAGCACCAUCUAGGGCCUUUGAAGCUCAACUAUGCUUACGUUCCCAUUGUCACUGGAUAUAUUGCCAAGGACUCCAAGGGAGUCAUCACUACUCUUGGGAGAGAUGGCUCUGACCUCACUGCCACUGUCAUUGGAGCAGCCCUGAAAGCUGCAGAAAUCCAAAUCUGGAAAGACGUCAGUGGAGUACAGACAACGGACCCUCGUGUGAUUCCCAGCGCAAAACCAGUGAGAGUUCUGACUUUUGAAGAGGCUGCAGAGUUGUCAACCUUUGGCUCAAAGGUGGUGCACCCUGCUGCAGUACUGCCUGCGUGGCAAGCAGGGGUGCCAAUGAGCGUGCGCAACUCCAUGGCGCCUGAAGAUCCAGGCACCAGAAUUGUGCCCAAGCUCUCUGAUAGCGAUACCAGAGAAAGACGGGUAGCAGCCAUUAGCAGCAAGAACAACAUCACCAUGAUCGUAAUCAAGAGUAGCAGAAUGCUUGGCCAGCACGGUUUUUUGGCCCAUGUGUUCUCAGUCUUCAACAAGUUCGCUGCAUCGGUGGAUGUGAUCGCCACCUCGGAAGUGACCGUGUCUCUUACUCUGGAUGAAGGCUACAAGCAUGUCGAUGUUCCUGCUAUUGAGCGAGAACUUCAAGAGGUGGCCAAGGUAUCGGUGCUGCACAAUGUGGCAAUGCUCACCCUUAUUGUUCCGAAAUCUGAUUCUGUGAGUGUUCUCCGGGAAGCUUUUGCUGCCUUUGAGGAGAUGAAGAUAAACGUUGAAAUGGUGUCCCAUGGCGCUUCCAACGUGAACGUCACUUUUGUGGCCGAGCUGCGGGCAGCUGUUCUGGAGCUCUUGGGCAAAACGAAGUUUCCCUUUGUCCACGCAGCGUACGUCCUGGGUCUCAACGGGUCUCACUACAGCCUUGACACCACCGCAGAAAGGCAUUAUGGCAUUCCGGUGCGGCUGCCGAGGCUUCUCUGUGACCUCUUCCGUUUAGAGGUUCCAGACACUGACUUCACUACGAUUCGCAUGCAAAAGUUCGCCUCUGCGGCAAAUUUUGGUGGCGCUCACCGGACCCUCCCGGUGAAUUUGCACACUCCCUAUUUUCCUGACGAGGAUGGCUCUUCCAGUCCAGAGCCGAUGGAGUGUGACAGCGGAGGAGUGCCGGCCUUUGCACUUUGCCUGACUGAGGGAUGCAAGGGCGGCCAUGGUGAGCUUUUGGAAAACAGUGAGGUGCGGAGGUGGCACAGCUUCGUCAACCCCCAUGCUGGGCCAAGUGCGUCGCAGUGGAUGCAGUUUCCCAUGGACACAUGGCUGCGAUGGUACUGGCCAACAAAGGGCGAUUAUUAUGUUAUUACAACCACAUGUGAACCGCCAGAGUUCCUCCGUGGCUUACACGCGCGCCAACAUCGGCAGAUGUUGAAAGUUGGCUUUCGCCUGCCGGAACCAUGGAAUCACGUCCCACAGGAGGAAUCUCAUGAAGAUGAUGCGAAAGAUGAGGGAAAAGGCCGAGAAGGACGUCAGCGAAGUCCCAGACGCAUGAGCAGCGCCCGAGUGCUGGCUGCGAAGAGGCUCUUGGGCCUCAGCAAGGUUGUCUUACCAACGAUUCAGGAAAUUGAGGAUGCCUUUGCCACAGCACAGCGGCAGGCGAGUGUUGAUGUUUGGAGACCCAGACUGUCCAACAAGGAAACGAGACAUUUUGCCUUCACAAAAGUUAUAUAUAUAUAUCUUUAA